UUUACAGAGAGAGAUUGACAUCGGGAAAAGCCAUGGCCAGACUUGGUCUCCCCACAGUGUUUGGAGUUCUACUCGCGCUGCACACCGCCACAUCCACCAAGCUGGUGUGUCACAUGACCAACUGGGCACAGUACAGGCCCGCUUCCGGUAAAUUCUCCGCUGACCACAUCGACCCGUUCCUCUGCACCCACGUGGUGUACGCUCUGGCCACCAUCAACAGCUUCAACCAGCUCAUCCCCACCGAGUGGAACGAUGAGGAUCAGUACAAGAUGCUCAACAACCUCAAGGACAUUAACCCACUACUCAAAACCUUGCUGUCUGUCGGAGGUUCAACCAAUGGCAUCAGUCCAUUCAUCGGCAUGGUUUCCAAGCCGGAGAACCGCGCAGUCUUCAUGAAGUCAGCCAUCAGCUUCCUCCGCACAAACAACUUUGACGGCCUGAACCUGGACUGGGAGUUCCCCGGGCAGAGUGGCAGCAUGGGGUCCGACAAGGACCGCUUCUCCGAUCUCGUUGCGGAGCUGGACGAGGCCUUCGUGCAAGAGGCCAAAGAUACCAGGAAAACCCAGCUGCUCCUGACAGCAAACGUUGCUGCUUUUCUGCCUAUCAUCAACAGGGCCUAUGAUGUGCCCAAAAUCGCCCCUCACCUGGACUUCAUCAACGUGAUGACUUACGACUAUCACGGCCACUGGGAGGCCCGCACGUCACACAACAGCCCGCUGUUUAAAAGCAGCAUCGAUUCUGGCUCCCAGCUUCAACACAACAUUAACUCUUCCAUCUCCCAUUGGCUGUCUCUGGGAGCCCCUGCGGACAAGCUGCUCCUCGGCUUCUCCACCUACGGCCGCACCUACAGCCUCCGGGGCUCCGACAGUACCCUUGGUGCCCUAAGCACCGGGGCCGGAGAAGCGGGCCCUUACACACGCACCGCUGGCUUAUGGUCCUACUAUGAGGUCUGUUCUUUCAUCAAUGGAGCCUCUGUCAACUGGAUCCCUGAGCAGAAGGUGCCCUAUGCCACCAACGGUGUUGUCUGGGUCGGAUACGACAAUGUGCAGAGCUUCGCUGCCAAGGUCGAGUGGAUGAACAGCCAAAGCCUGGGAGGAGCACAUGUGUGGACCCUGGACCUGGACGACUUCAGCGGCGUCUUCUGCUCGGAAGGAGCCUACCCUCUGGUCACCAACCUGAGGAACUCCAUGGGCUUCCCCCCUAAGCCCACCGCCCCCCCACGGCCAACCACCACCAAGGACCCCAUCGUGUCCUUCUGCGCGGGACGACCUGACGGCCUGUACGAAAACGUGGCAGACAAGACCACCUACCUGCAGUGUUUCAACGGCAUCACCUACGUGCAACGGUGCCAGCCUGGACUCAUCUACUACGACGCCUGCAAGUGCUGCAACUAUCCCUGAGAGCCACCGGAG